AUGGCUACCAACAAGGUGCCGGUCUACUCGCUCAAUGCGAUGAUGCUCUGGGCCCCCUACCUCACGACGCUCCCCGCGCCAUACACCUUCAAGCCCAACCACACCAAGACCAACGUCCGCUUCUUGCUGGGCUACAGCGCUGUCGCAAUCGCGGCAUUCACCUUCUAUGCAGACCGCACGCUCGGCUGGGAAGCGACCACGUCCCCGUGGAUCAUUGCCGCAGUGGCCGUGUACUUUGUACUGAACAGUAUCCUCACCUUCUGGAUUUGGGGCGUCGAGGCCGGGGAGGUGUUUAGCGGGAAACGCAAGACAGGAGAGACGAUCACCAUCUCCUCGUCGACCAAGAAGAACUCCAACCCCUACAAACUCCACGUCCAGUACAAGUCCGCCGCAGGCAAGGUCUUGCAGGACAAGCAGUUUGAAGCACCAUUCCCGAAUUGGUUCUCGGCCGACGGCGUGUUUCACCCGGAGCCCUUCCGGCGCUGGUUGGCUAGUGAAGUUGAUGUGUUGCGGUUGGCUGCGAAGGAGAAUGAGAAGAAGACAGGCGGUGUGUCGGGUCUGGUUGGGAAACCUGACGACGCUGCGGAUGGUAAGAUGCGACGAUAG